AUGGCGCCUCUACCCAUCAAGUUCCAGGAGCUUAUCCAGCUCCAGACUGCCGGCGUUGAGGAUUCUUCGAUCGGCUUCAACUCCUGCACACUCGAGUCAGAUUCCUACGUGUGUAUCCGGGAAAAGAAAAACGAAGCUGCUCAGCCCGAGGUCGUCAUCGUCGACCUGAAGAACGGCAACAAUGUGACACGACGCCCUAUCAAGGCCGACAGUGCCAUCAUGCACUGGACCAAGCAAGUCAUCGCUCUCAAGGCGCAAUCGAGAACACUCCAGAUCUUCGACCUCGAGAAGAAGGCCAAACUCAAGUCCACCACGAUGAACGAGGACGUCCAAUACUGGAAGUGGAUUAGCGAGACCUCAUUGGGCCUCGUCACAGAUUCCGCCGUCUACCAUUGGGACGUCUACGAUGCCACCCAGGCCGCGCCUGUCGAGGUCUUCAAGCGCAACGCCAACCUGAACGGCUGCCAAAUCAUCAACUACCGAACCAACGCCGAAGGAAAGUGGAUGGUUGUUGUCGGUAUUUCCCAACAACAGGGCCGCGUUGUCGGCUCGAUGCAGCUGUACUCUAGGGACCGCGGCAUCAGCCAGGCCAUCGAGGGUCACGCUGCUGCCUUCGGUUCGCUGCGCUUGGAGGGUGCUCCUGCCGACACCAAGCUCUUCACCUUCGCCGUGAGGACAGCAACCGGUGCGAAGCUCCACAUCGUCGAGGUCGACCACGCCGAAUCGAACCCCGUUUUCCAAAAGAAAGCCGUCGACAUCUUCUUCCCUCCCGAAGCCGUCAGCGAUUUCCCCGUGGCCAUGCAGGUGUCGCAAAAGUACGGUGUCAUUUUCAUGGUCACCAAGUAUGGAUUCAUCCAUGUUUACGACCUCGAGACCGCCGCCUGCAUUUUCAUGAACCGCAUCUCCAGCGACACCAUCUUCACCACCUGCCCCGACACCGAGUCCCGCGGCAUCGUUGGCAUCAACCGAAAGGGUCAAGUGCUCUUCGUCUCGAUCGACGACGCCAAUGUCAUCCCCUACCUUCUCCAGAACCCGGCCAACACCGACAUGGCAAUCAAGAUGGCAUCAAGAGCUGGCCUCCCUGGUGCUGAUAAUCUGUACGCCCGCCAGUUCGAGCAGCUCUUCAACAGCGGCUCGUACAUGGAGGCGGCCAAGGUUGCGGCCAACUCUCCCCGCCAAUUCCUCCGAACCGCCGAGACGAUCGAGAGAUUCAAGUCCCUGCCCCAGCAGCCCGGCCAGAUGUCUUUUGUUCUGCAAUACUUUGGCCUCCUGCUCGACAAGGGCGCGCUCAACGAGCACGAGUCUAUUGAGCUCGCUCAGCCCGUUCUGGCGCAGAACCGUCUUAACUUGUUGGAGAAGUGGCAAAAGGAGGGCAAGCUCACUGCGUCCGAGAGACUCGGUGACCUUGUUCGCCCUCACGACCUGAACAUGGCCCUCACCAUGUACCUCAAGGCCAACGUUCCCCACAAGGUGGUCGCUGGCUUCGCUGAGACCGGUCAAUUCGAGAAGAUCCUGCCCUACGCCGCCCAGGUUGGCUACCAGCCAGACUACGUGCAACUCCUCCAGCACAUCGUUCGUGUAAACCCUGAGAAGGGUGCAGAGUUCGCCACUGCCCUGGCGAACCACGAGGGCGGUUCUCUGGUCGAUAUCGAGAGAGUCGUCGACAUUUUCCAGUCCCAGGGCAUGAUCCAGCAAGCAACCGCGUUCCUGCUGGACGCUCUGAAGGACAACAGGCCUGACCAGGGCCAUCUCCAGACCCGCCUUUUGGAGAUGAACCUCAUGAACGCUCCUCAGGUUGCCGACGCCAUCCUUGGAAACGACAUGUUCUCUCACUUCGACAAGACGAGGAUCGCAACUCUCUGCGAGCAGGCCGGCUUGGCUCAGAAGGCCCUGGAGCUCUACGAGGACCCCGCGGCCGUCAAGCGUGUUGUUGUCAACAUUGCGGCUACUCCCAACUUUAACCUCGACUGGUUGACUGGUUUCUUCGGCAAGCUGUCCGUCGAGCAGUCUCUGGACUGCUUGGACGCCAUGAUGAAGCACAACAUCCGCCAGAACCUGCAGUCUGUCGUUCAGGUCGCUACCAAGUACUCUGAUCUUCUCGGCCCCGUUCACUUGAUCGACCUUUUCGAGAAGUACAAGACUGCCGAGGGUCUCUUCUACUACCUCGGCAGCAUUGUCAACCUGUCCGAGGACCCCGACGUUCACUUCAAGUACAUUGAGGCUGCCACCAAGAUGGGACAGUUCAACGAGGUCGAGCGUAUCUGCAGAGACAGCAACUACUACAACGCCGAGAAGGUCAAGAACUUCCUCAAGGAGGCCAAGCUCCAGGAGCAACUUCCUCUCAUCAUCGUGUGCGACCGCUUCAACUUUGUUCACGAUUUGGUCUUGUAUCUCUACCAACAGCAGCAGUUCAAGUCCAUCGAGACCUACGUCCAGCGUGUCAACCCUAGCAGAACGCCCGCCGUCAUCGGCGGUCUGUUGGAUGUCGACUGCGACGAGAGUAUCAUCAAGAACUUGCUCUCCACCGUCAACCCUGCAUCGAUUCCCAUCGACGAACUUGUGUCUGAGGUCGAGACUCGCAACCGUCUCAAGCUUCUCCUGCCUUUCCUGGAGGCCACUCUGGCCGCUGGUAACCAGCAACAAGCUGUGUACAACGCUCUCGCCAAGAUCUACAUCGACUCCAACAACAACCCCGAGAAGUUCCUGAAGGAGAACGACCAGUACGACACCCUCGUCGUUGGUAAGUACUGCGAGAAGCGUGACCCCAACUUGGCUUUCAUCGCCUACUCCAAGGGUCAGAACGACCUCGAGCUCGUCAACAUUACGAACGAGAACGGCAUGUACCGUAACCAGGCGCGCUACUUGCUCGAGCGUGCGGACCGCGAGCUCUGGACCUUCGUGCUCAGCGAGAACAACAUUCACCGCCGCUCGGUCAUUGACCAAGUGAACGCCACCGCCGUUCCCGAGUCUACCGACCCCUCCAAGGUCUCCGAGGCCGUCGCCGCUUUCUUGGCUUGCGAUCUUCCUCUUGAGCUCAUUGAGCUGCUCGAGAAGAUUGUCCUCGAGCCCUCGCCAUUCAGCGACAAUGCCAACCUGCAAAACCUGCUGCUGUUCACCGCUGCCAAGGCUGACAAGGGUAAGGUUAUGGACUACAUCCAUCGCCUGGACAACUUCAGCGCUCCCGACAUUGCCUCAGCCUGUAUCGACGUUGGUCUCCACGAGGAGGCCUUCGAGAUCUUUAAGAAGACCGGCGACAAGACCGCCGCUGUCAACGUCCUCGUCGAGAAUGUCGUCAGCAUCGACCGUGCGCAGGCCUACGCCGAGGAGGUUGAUUUGCCCGAAGUCUGGAGCAAGGUUGCCAAGGCCCAGCUCGACGGCCUCCGUGUCAGCGACUCUAUUGAGUCCUACAUCAAGGCCGAGGACCCCAAGAACUACGAGGAGGUCAUUGAGACCGCCGCUCGUGCUGGCAAGGAUGAGGAUCUCAUCAAGUUCUUGCGCAUGGCUAGAAAGACCAUGCGUGAGCCCGCCAUUGACACGGCCCUCGCCUUCUGCUACGCUCGUCUGGACGAACUUGGCGAGCUGGAGGACUUCCUGCGUGGCACUAACGUUGCCAACAUUGAGGAGUCCGGAGACAAGGCUUAUGAGGACGGUCUCUACCAGGCUGCCAAGAUUUUCUUCACCAGCAUCUCCAACUGGGCUAAGCUGGCGACUACCCUCGUCCACCUUGAGGAGUACCAGGCCGCCGUCGAGUGCGCUCGCAAGGCCAACAACAUCAAGGUCUGGAAGCAGGUGCACGAGGCCUGUGUGGAGAAGAAGGAGUUCCGUCUGGCCCAGAUCUGCGGUCUCAACCUGAUCGUUGAUGCCGAGCAGCUCCAGGCACUCGUCAAGCAAUAUGAGCGCAACGGAUACUUCGAUGAGCUCAUCAGUCUCUUGGAGGCUGGCUUGGGUCUGGAGCGUGCCCACAUGGGAAUGUUCACGGAGCUUGGCAUUGCCCUCUCCAAGUACCACCCCGAGCGUCUCAUGGAGCACCUGAAGCUUUUCUGGAGCAGAAUGAACCUGCCCAAGAUCAUCCGUGCUUGCGAGGAGGCAAACCUGUGGCCCGAGCUCGUUUUCUGCUACUACCACUACGAUGAAUUUGACAACGCCGCCCUGGCUGUCAUUGAGCGCCCCGAGAACUCCUGGGAGCACCAGCAGUUCAAGGAGAUCGUCGUCAAGGUUGCCAACCUGGAGAUCUACUACCGCGCCAUCAACUUCUACCUCGAGCAGCACCCCUCUCUGCUCACCGACCUCCUGCAGGCACUUACUCCUCGCAUCGAUGUCAACCGUGUCGUCAAGAUGUUUGAGAAGAGCGACAACCUGCCUCUGAUCAAGCCCUUCCUCGUUAACGUUCAGACCCAGAACAAGCGCACGGUCAACAACGCAAUCAACGACUUGUUGAUUGAGGAGGAGGACUACAAGACGCUGCGUGACUCAGUAGAGAACUACGACAACUACGACCCCGUUGAGCUGGCCGCUCGUCUGGAGAAGCACGACUUGAUCUUUUUCCGCCAGAUUGCUGCCAGCAUCUACCGCAAGAACAAGAGAUGGGAGAAGUCCAUAGCCCUCUCCAAGCAGGACAAGCUCUUCAAGGAUGCUAUUGAGACCGCCGCCAUCUCGGGUAAGACCGAUAUUGUGGAGGACCUGCUCCGAUACUUCGUCGAUAUCGGUAGCCGCGAGUGCUACGUUGGUAUGCUCUACUCUUGCUACGACCUCAUCCGCCCCGACUUGGUUCUGGAAAUCUCAUGGCGCCACGGUCUCAACGACUUCACCAUGCCGUACAUGAUCAACAUGCUGUGCCAGCAGACCAAGGAGUUGGCGACUCUGAAGGCCGACAACGAGGCCCGCAAGAGCAAGGAGAAGGAGAAGGAGAAGGACGAGGACAACACCCCGAUCCUUGGCGGAAACCGUCUUAUGAUUACUGCCGGCCCCGGCGGCAUGGGUGGUGGCUCUCCCGCGCCGUAUGGCCAGACGAACGGAUUUGCGCCCCAGCCUACCGGCUUUGGAUUCUAG